AAAGAGAAACGUCGAGCAGGAACAGCACAUACGGGAGAUCCCGGAUUCUAGGCAGGUGGGGGGGGGUAAGGAAGAAACGCGUCGGCUUGUCUGCUUUGUCCUACUGCCCAGAGAUGGCAGUUACCCAGAAGCACCGGUCUGUACUAUGGAGGCAAGUGUGCGUCAUCUCUUAUUGGCCGGCAUAUUAACUCUGCUGAUUUGGGGUGGAACUUGCCAGACGGAGGAGCCAGAGAAGCUGGAAUGUGGCAAGGCCGAAUAUACCUCUGAAAAUGGGAACUGUACCCCCUGUGUGUUGUGCCCCCCGGGCAAAGAGCCGGAUAGGGCCUGCGGAUUUGGGAGGGGGGAAGGAGUCAGCUGCCAGAGUUGCGCCCCAGGAACCUUCUCAAACCGCUUGGGGAUGUCGUUCUGUACCCCGCUGACGCAGUGUGACAAGCGCAAGAGGAUGCUGCUAAGUGCCGGGACCCCCAAGGCAGACGCAGUGUGUGGGGGGUGCCUCUCGGGAUACUUCUCCCCGGUGGCCAAUAGCGCCAGUACCUGCUUCCCGUGCUGGUUGGCCCCCAUAAACACCACCGGCUGCGAAGGUCGCACCUCUCUGCGCUCUCGGGCGCUCAGGACUCUGGAAGUGGCCAAUAAACCGGACCCCAAGAUGCCUGCGAAUACCACGAGCGCGGGGGCCCGGGGCGACUCCAAUACCCAGUAUGCCGUGCUGGCCAUUGUGCCAAUCUUCUGCCUGAUGGGCCUGAUGGGGAUCUUCCUGUGCAACAUACUGAAGAAGAAGGGGUAUCACUGCACCUCCCAGAAGGAGCUGGAGGAACAGGCGCCCCCGCUGGAGAAGAACGCUCUGAACCACCCCUGCCUGUCGGAGGAGAAUGGCAAUGAGGACACUAUCGGGGUACUUGUGCGCCUCAUCUCUGAAAAGAAGGAAAAUGCCGCUGCCUUGGAGGAGCUGCUGAAGGAAUAUGAGAGCAAACAGCCGGCACCGGUCUCUGACAAGGGCCCUGACAGAGCCCUGACCCCCAUUCCUGCCAAUCCCAGCCGGCUGCUCCUCCUGCCCCAGAUGCCCCACCUGUGCAAACACCAACACCAUCUCCACACGGUGCAGGGGCCGGCAUUGCCCACCGGAUCCUGCUGCUCCCGUUGCAGCCAAAAGAAAUGGACCAACGUCCCGGGGCACCCGGAAUCUGCGCCCAACAGCGUAGCCCCCACCGCUAAAGCCUCCAAGGCAGCGGGCAAGGUGGGCCGGCAAGGGGAGAUCACCAUUCUGGCUGUGGGCAGGUUCCGAGUGGCCCGUAUCCCGGAGCAGAAGCCCAGCUCCCUAGAGGUGAAAGCCCCCUGUGACCCCAGAAUCCCAGAACCCCCUUGUGAGCAACACGGGCUGCUGUCCAAAACCAUCAGGGGCAAAAACCGCAGUUUGGAAGAUACCAGCAAGCUGGAGGAUGUGAUUUGACUCCUCCCCCUGCGCCCGCACACCCACACACCUGCAAGAACUCAGCCAAUAGGAGGGCGUUCCUGUGCUGCCAGUCACCGGAGGACUUCUGGAGAAGCGCACAGGUUGCCGCACCGUUGCCGCUCCCCCCGGGAGGCCGAGUUAGACGCCUGCUUUGUCCGCAUCUCAGAGCCAUUUCGUACACGGGCGCAUUAUUAACGCCAGGACAUUGCCGCUGGCGGAUGCUGCUUUUUGGGGUUUAUUUCUCUCCGGGGGGUGAGAGACUGGAGUAACAUUUCUCAGGGGGGGGGGUACCAGCUGACUGGCGCUGGGGGGCGAGAGACUGGCGACUGCGCCGUAGGAAACAGUGGAAUCUCUCGCCUCCAGUUCCCCCCCCCCACAAACUCAGGGGGCUGCCGGGCUACAGCCAAUGGGAGAGGGACCACCCUGCUGCUAUAUACACUCGUGUUUGAGCGUUUAUUUGUGUCGCCACAUUCCCAGGGGGGGGGUUAAUAUGUUCAUUAUUAAAUAACCACCCCGUAAUUAGCGUAGCGAGUACCGUCUGAAUUAAGCUUAGUAUAUCGUACUUAACUUACCCUUUAAACAGACUCUACCACCGGGCAAUCCCUUUAGCUUCCUGCACACCUGGGCAGUCUGUGUUUGGCCACUAGAUGGCACUGUUCCAAUGGGAAAGCAAUAUGGCAGCCCCAUUGAUGUACAACAGCCACUGUAAUUGUGAAUUGGGUGCUGCCCAUACUGACGCAGCAGGGACCCUGGGUGCUGCCCAUACUGACUCAGUUGGGACCCUGGGUGCUGCCCAUACUGACUCAGUUGGGACCCUGGGUGCUGCCCAUACUGACGCGGCGGGGACUCUGGGUGCUGCCCAUACUGACGCGGCGGGGACUCUGGGUGCUGCCCAUACUGACGCGGCGGGGACUCUGGGUGCUGCCCAUACUGACGCGGCGGGGACUCUGGGUGCUGCCCAUACUGACGCGGCGGGGACUCUGGGUGCUGCCCAUACUGACGCGGCGGGGACUCUGGGUGCUGCCCAUACUGACGCGGCGGGGACUCUGGGUGCUGCCCAUACUGACGCGGCGGGGACUCUGGGUGCUGCCCAUACUGACGCGGCGGGGACUCUGGGUGCUGCCCAUACUGACGCGGCGGGGACUCUGGGUGCUGCCCAUACUGACGCGGCGGGGACUCUGGGUGCUGCCCAUACUGACGCGGCGGGGACUCUAGGUGCUGCCCAUACUGACGCGGCGGGGACUCUGGGUGCUGCCCAUACUGACGCGGCGGGGACUCUAGGUGCUGCCCAUACCGACGCAGCAGGGACCCUGGGAGUAGCGCCAGUAGCUGCAGGGUUCCCCUGUGUCAAUAUGGGUGUCAACAGGGGGUGGGACAGACUGAAUCGGGGGGCUGUGAUUGUGAAUAAGCCCCAUAGUCUCGUCUGAGCGCAGAAUUUAUUGCUUUAAGCGACAUUUUCACAAUAUUUUUCUUCAUUUUCCUGCCUUUGUUUAAUUUAAGAAGUUCCGUUGGUUCCCCCCCCCCCCCCCCCAUGCCUUGCUCUGAUCCUGAGUGUCGUAAAGUGAGGCUGCGCUGCUGUUGAUUAGCUAGAGAGGAAGGGGUAGGAGUAGCAGGGAAUACACUCCCCAGAGACACAGUAAAUACCCCCCCUGCCCCCCCAACCUUACUGACACAAUAUGACCCCGGCCGGCGCUGAAGGUCGGGUUCCCUUGUGUCCUGUAAACAAGAGGGUGCUGUUUUGGGUGCUGCUAAUCCUCAGGCGGAAUGAGGGCAGGGAUAGAAUGUUCCGCACGUCGGGCAGGGUGGGACCCAGGGCCCCCAGGCCUUUGUGGGAAGGGAGCCAAUCAGCAGCCUGGGAGUUAUGUUUAGAAACCCCCCCCCCCCGGGACAACUAAACCCCUGGUGUGCAGUUAAAGGGGAAAUACGCCUCUUAUAAAAGUGCAGGGAGGAUUAAUACAUCAGUCCUUACCCAGAAUCCCUUCCUGCUGCAGCCAAUGGGCUCCUGCUGCCACUCACUGAUAGGGCGGGGCCCCAGGGGUUACUCAUUGUAAUGGGGAGGGGCCUAACCAAUCGCUUUACGGCUUUCAUUCUGCUUUGGGUGCAUGUAGAUAUCAGUUCCCCUUUACCUGAGGCAUUAGGAAGUGCAUUGUGGGUAACUGUGGGGCACAGAUUCACUUCACUGAACUCUAACCCCGGGGUCACUAAAUGAGGGCGUGGCCAAGCUGGAAACAAUUGGGCAGAGAUUCCUUUUAUUUAAUCUGCUGUUUCUGAUCCGCAGCUGCCAUUGGUUGUUGGAGGAUGCUGGGAGUUGUAGUUCAGUGACAGCUUUACCAUUACACACUGCAGAGCCUAGGUUUUAAUUUGUUAUUUAUACGCGGCGGUCACACAGGGGCCCCGGGCUCAUGGUCUGUCUGAGGGGGUAAUAGAUGUGUCUGAGGGGGGUAAUAGAUGUGUCUGAGGGGGUAAUAGAUGUGUCUGAGGGGGGUAAUAGAUGUGUCUGAGGGGGUAAUAGAUGUGUCUGAGGGGGUAAUAGAUGUGUCUGAGGGGGUAAAAGAUGUCUCUGAGAGGGUAAUAGAUGUGUCUGAGGGGGUAAUAGAUGUGUCUGAGGGGGGUAAUAGAUGUGUCUGAGGGGGGUAAUAGAUGUGUCUGAGGGGUAAUAGAUGUGUCUGAGGGGGGUAAUAGAUGUGUCUGAGGGGGUAAUAGAUGUGUCUGAGGGGGUAAUAGAUGUGUCUGAGGGGGUAAUAGAUGUGUCUGAGGGGUAAUAGAUGUGUCUGAGGGGGGUAAUAGAUGUGUCUGAGAGGGUAAUAGAUGUGUCUGAGGGGGUAAUAGAUGUGUCUGAGGGGGUAAUAGAUGUGUCUGAGGGGGUAAUAGAUGUGUCUGAGGGGUAAUAGAUGUGUCUGAGGGGGGUAAUAGAUGUGUCUGAGGGGGGUAAUAGAUGUGUCUGAGGGGGGUAAUAGAUGUGUCUGAGGGGGUAAUAGAUGUGUCUGAGGGGGUAAUAGAUGUGUCUGAGGGGUAAUAGAUGUGUCUGAGGGGGGUAAUAGAUGUGUCUGAGGGGGUAAUAGAUGUGUCUGAGGGGGGUAAUAGAUGUCUCUGAGAGGGUAAUAGAUGUGUCUGAGGGGGUAAUAGAUGUGUCUGAGGGGGUAAUAGAUGUGUCUGAGGGGGGUAAUAGGUGGGACCUGUGAGCCCCCAGGUUUGCCUGUUAAACUACAGCUCCCAGACUGGUGGGCAGAGGAUGCUGGGAGUUGUAGUAACACAGCCUCUAAUAAAUAGAACUGCCCCAGGAGACCAAGGAGCAUUUUGGGGCCCCGUGUGUUUAUCUGUCAUUUCUACAUAUUGUUAUUUAUUGUUUUUAUUAAUUUUAUUCCUAGAAUAUUUGUAACUAAAGAUAUAAAAUAAUCAAACCCUG